AUGCAGUCCUUCCCCCCGGACCCCAUCGACCCGGAACAUGUCCCCGCCCGGGUCUUCCUCUGCUACAUCCACCUCGGCGUAAAGGUGCGCGGCUUCGAGGCCGUCGAGGCCCGCGUCGGCGACGCCAUGCGGCCGCGCGCGCGGGGCGGCCUGGUCGACACCGAGGCCGAGCACUCGCUCCUUGCCUACUUCCUCGACUCCAUGCUCGACGCCCUCUGCCGCCUGAGCCCGGAGCGCGAGUGGGCCGCGGGCUACGAGGACGUGCUGGGCCGCCUGUCGCGCGCCGGCGCCGGCGGUAGAGGCGGAGGCGGAGGCGACACGGUCCACCGGGUCUGCAAGCGCCUCUACGCCAUGCUCAUGGGCUUCGGCAUCCUCCCCACCCUCCCCGGCGCCCUGCCGACCUUGCCGGCCCUGUCCGAGUGGCAGGUCAAGCACCUGGCGUGCGGCCACGGCCUCGGCGGCGGCGGCGGCCCCGGCUCCGCCUCGUCCUGCUGCGGCAGCGACGCGUCCAUGGGCAGCAGCCGCGUCGAGAGCGACUACGGCUCCGGUUGCGAUUCCGGCCCUGGGUCCUCCUCCUCCUCCGCAGCGGCGGCGGCGGCCGCCGCCGUACCUUGGGAAAAGCAACAGCAGCAGCAGCAACAACAGCAGCAGCAACAACAGCAGCAGCAACAACAGCAGCAGCAACAACAACAACAACAACAACAACAACAACAACAACAACAACAACACAACCCGAGGCCAGACACCCCCGCCAUCUCGUGCCUGGGCCCGCCGCCCGGGAGCAACUACUCCGACACCAUGAUAGGCCCUGCCGCCCCUCCCCCGCCAUCGGAGCCCCAGCUCUGCCGCGGCUGCAGCGACCCCUCCCAGAACCGCGGCAUGCUGCGGGAUCCCACCUCCUUCUCCUCCUCCUCGGGCGGCGGCGGCGGCGGCGGCGGCUACUCUUACGCCGGCAUCGACGGCUUCCCGCCGUACCACAGUCAUCACCACCCCCCGCAGAUGUACGAUGGACUCCCACCGCCGCUGCUGCCUCUGCCUCCUCCGGCCUCCCCGCCCGCCGCCGCCGCCGCCACGGGUCCGCUGGGCUUGUACCGCGGCACCGCCUGCUCCUCCCCUGCGCCGCGCCGCCACGCCCGCCACCGCAGCCUCUUCCCGCCCGUCGACGCCGGCCCCUACGCCGUGCCGCGGGCCGCCGUCCCGCACGGUCCGACGUGGGGAUAG